AUGAAUACGGCAAACAAAGUAUACGCGAUUGUGCUGGAGGAUAGGCUGCGGAGGGAUGUCAAGGGGAAGGGAAUAAUUUCCGAGACGCAUGCGGGCUUUAGGGAGGGAUGGGGCGCUAUUGACGAUAUUUACGCCUUGCAGCACAUGGUGGAUAGAAAAUUAGGCAAGAAGGGUGCGAACGUGUACGCUUUUUUUAUUGAUUUAAAACGCGCGUUCCCUUCGGUGGAUAGGGGUAGGGUGUGGGAGGCAAUGCAAGAUAGAAGAAUGGAGAGAGGUAUAAUCGAGAGGGUUAGGGAUGUAUAUAAAGAGACGAAAGGUAGGGAGAGAGGAGAAGAGGGAAUCUCGGAUGGUUUGUGGAUGGAUAGGGGGUUGAUGCAAGGGUAUCCGAUUAGCCAAAAGCUUUUUGCAGUUUUAAUAGCGGAUAUGGAAAGUUAG